GUGUAAAUUCUUCGUGUGCGCCAAAUUAUUUUUGUUUUCUAUAGGAAAUUAUAAACAAUGAAAAUAAGUUGGUAAAAAAUAAAAACGAAAAGUUAAAAAUUAUUUAAAAAAGUGAUUAAUUAACAAAUAAACAUAUAUUGAAAAUGUCUUUCUUUGGAGCCAACAAUUCCCUUGGUGCCACCAGUACACCGGCAAAACCAACUGGAUUAUUUUCAUCAUUUGGUACAGGAGCAGCCGGUACAACGUCUGCUUUUGGGGCGCCAGCUACCUCCACGACACAAACAGGUUUCGGCACGACUUCAGCAUUUGGUGCAGGUGGUUUUGGUACGUCAACAACGGCAGCAACAUCAGCACCCACUUUAGGAGGUUUUGGUGGAUUUGGCGCAACGAAUACUAGUACCACAACUGCACCUAGUUUGGGUGGUUUUGGUUCGUUUGGUACUGGUGCAGUGCAAACUUCACAGCCACCCAGUUUGUUUGGUACAGCAACGUCCGCUGCAACAGGAUUUGGAGGAUUUGGUGGUGGAACUGCUACAUCUACGGCUCCUAGUUUUGGGGGAUUUGGCACAACGGCAACAAGUGCUCCAGGAGGAGCUUUCGGUGGUUUUGGCGCCACUUCAACUACAUCCACUGCACCAGCAUUUGGAGGCUUUGGAGCACAAUCGUCGACGGGUGGUUUUGGAGGAUUUGGUACAAGUUUUGGCAAAACAGCUGCCAAUACUACAGUAACCCCUGGAUUUGGAGGUUUCGGUGGAAAUACUGGUUUCAUGAUGGGUCAACAACAACAACAGGCUCCGCCUAUAUCAGCAGAUGAUGCUUUUGCGCAAUCAAUUUUCAAUGUUUCCAUAUAUGGUGAUGAACGUGAUGCAAUAAUUGCGAAAUGGAAUUACUUUCAAGCCAUGUGGGGUACUGGUAAAUCAUUUUAUUCACAAAAUGCCGCACCCGUUGAAAUAACACCACAAAAUUACUUGUGUCGCUUUAAAGCGAUGGGUUACAGUAGGCUACCCGGCAAGGAUAAUAAAAUGGGUUUAGUGGCAUUAAAUUUUAACAAAUCACUUGCGGAAGUUAAGAAUCAACAACAACAAAUUAUUAACACUUUGAACGCUGCUUUUGGCAAUAAACCAAAUCUAUUAGUAAACAUCGACUCAAGUAAAGAAAGUGAAGAGAAGAAAUGUCAACUUGUUAUAUACUUGGAAGAAAAAUCGCAAUUAUCUCCGAAUGACACAAAACGUAUUUUAGCCACAGAUUUGGCCAACUAUUUAAAUCAGCCUAAUGUCAAGGGGCAACUCAAUAAUUUGGGUAUAGUAGAGAUUUUGGCACUUGUGCUGCCAGACGAGGAUCAGCUUAAAGAAUAUUUAAAAAAUCCUCCUAAAGGUAUAGAUCCCCGUAUGUGGUGUCAAGCUAAACUUGAUAAUCCAGAUGCAGCGAAAUUUAUACCUGUACCUAUGAUUGGUUUUAAUGAACUUAAGUAUCGUAUAAAAUGUCAGGAAAAUGAAACUGAAAUGCAUGCAUUAUAUUUGCGUAAAGUGGAAAAUGACUUAUCCGAAUUAAGACAACGACACACAGCGGCCACUGCAAAAAUAAUGGAAUAUAAGCGUAAUUUGGCUGAAUUAAGUCAUAAAAUUUUAAAGAUAAUAGUUAAACAGGAAUGUACACGAAAAGUGGGAUUAGCCUUAACGCCCGAAGAAGAAGCUUUGCGCACGAAAUUAGAAAAUAUGCAGGCAUUAGUUUCAGCUCCCACACAAUUUAAGGGUCGUCUUAGUGAACUACUCUCGCAAAUGCGUAUGCAACGUAAUCAAUAUGCUUUAACAUCCGGCAGUGAAUAUACACUUGACAAAGAUUGUGAAGAAGAAAUGAAAACCUUUUUGGGUAUGCAACAAAAAGCAAUGGAAGUCCUUACUGAUACCGUAACAAAAGAUUUAAAGGCUUUACAAAUAAUUAUCGAUGGUAUGCCAGAAUUGGUAAGAGGUUAAAUUCUAAUACAGACCUUGUUAAGUUUUUAAGUUUUUUUAUACGUUUUGUGUGGUUAUUAUAUCUAAGUAUGUAAUCACAAAUAUAACAAAAAGUUAUGAA